AUGAGAAUCGUCGACGAUCCGACCAAAUGCGCUUGGCUGGCAAAUGGACAUUCACUGGAGCAUUACUUGAUACGUCAUCAGGACACGGUAGAAUAUCGUAGAAAGAUGCGCUUGCUGAAGGUACGCAUGUUGGACGGCUCAGUGAAGACGAUACCGAUCGACGAAAGCCAUCCAGUCGGUCAACUGAUGGUCGGGGUGUGCACAAAAAUCGGAAUUUCGAACUACGAGGAGUACAGCUUGGUUCGCGAAAUGGAGAUGGACGGCCGUGGGUCAAUGAUGAAUCUAAGAGAAGAGCGUUCUCGUUCAACUGAUAGCGAUCGGAAAGGAAUGAUGGGCACUUUGGGCAGAAAGAAGGAACAAAAACUGGAGCAGUUACGGCAAAAACUGCAUACCGAUGAGGAAUUGGCUUGGGUGGAUCAUGGAAAAACAUUGAGAGAGCAGGGCAUCGCUGAGGAUGAGACAUUGCUUCUGCGACGAAAGUACUUCUUCAGUGAUACGAACGUUGACAGCCGUGAUCCUGUGCAGUUGAACCUGUUGUAUGUGCAGUGUCGUGAUGGCGUUCUUCGCAGCCUCCAUCCAGUCACGAAAGAGAUCGCAUGCGAGCUGGGAGCGUUGCAGUGCCAAAUCGAAUACGGCGACUUCCCAGAAAAUAAGCCAAAGUUCUAUAUCGAGUAA